AUGAUUUGUAAAAAUAUAUUUUUUUUAUUUCUAAUUAUCAAUUGUCUUAUCAUCACUUCAUUGACUAAAGGUCAACAUCUACCAUCACAACAACAACCAAUAAAUAUUAAAUUUGACUUUUUUUAUACAUUCAAAAAUUCAACACUUUACAAAUUUGAACCAUAUAAUUUAAGAUUAGGAAAAUUUCAUUGUAAUUCAAGUAAUGAUACUUAUAAAUGUAGUGGAAAACCAUCAAUUAUGACAUAUUCAGAUUGUUGUAGUUAUGAUAAAUCAAAUUGUUGUAUUGUACCACAAGAUUGGAUUCUUAUGAUAAUAAUAACAUUUUUUCUUGGAAUUAUUAUUUGCCUUAUUCAUUCAGUUAUUGAAAGAAUUACAUAUUUAACAAUACCAUAA